CGGGAGCGUCCCCGAAUCUGUGUGUCCCCGCACGCUCCUCCUGCACUCGCUCUGCGGGACUCAACGCUUCGCGGGCCUCCCGCCUCUGCCGGGGGCUCCUCCGGACCGCGCCCGGGUCGUGCUCGCCUGGACCCUUGUCCUCCCAUCCCGCACGGGGCGCCCUUCUGUCCCAGCCGUGCGCCCUGGGCGCACCCACUCUCUCGGGUCUUGGGGAGCCCUGCCCAUAGGUCGGACGCCCCUUCUCUCCGGGCUGGCCCUGGGGUGCGCCCCUUGGGCGCGGCGGGUGGUAACCAGGGAGUGGCCGAGCGUUGGUGGAGGCUCGGGGCUCCGAUUGGCGGUGCAGGCGGUGGCCGGGCCGCCCUGCGCUCUUCGGGAGCCGUGCGCGCACCGCGCUGCCCACUCCGCCGCCGGGCUCCAGUGGUGCUAGCCAGUGCGGGGUCAGCGGGCCGGUGGCCAGGCACCGAGACAGAGCUGGCCUGUGUUUCUCACCUCACUCUCAGAAUUCAGGCGGCCCUGCUGGCCUGGGGGGAACGUCUGUUUGGGCAUCUGGGAGCGCAACAGGCAGAAUUGUUCCUGUUGAUGAGUAAGUCCUCUUCCAAUUCAGACUCCUUGAGGCUUUAGAAGCUCUUAGGUGAAAUUGUCUACCUCCAGGGAGAAACAGUGCCUGCUCCUUCAAGACACAACUCUCCGUUGCUAUGGAUACCGAAUCCACAUACUCUGGAUAUUCAUACUAUUCAAGCCAUUCAAAAAAGUCUCACAGACAAGGGGAGAGAAGUAGAGAGAGACAUAAAUCGCCUCGGAAUAAAGAUGGCAGGGGGUCAGAAAAAUCUGUCACCAUUCAAGCUCCCACUGGAGAACCCCUGUUGGCAAAUGAUUCUACUAGGACUGAGGAGGUUCAGGAUGACAACUGGGGUGAGACCACCACGGCCAUCACAGGCACCUCAGAGCACAGCAUAUCCCAGGAGGACAUUGCCCGGAUCAGCAAGGACAUGGAGGAUAGCGUGGGGCUGGACUGCAAACGCUACUUGGCCCUCACCAUCGCCUCAUUCCUUGGACUUCUGGUUUUUCUCACCCCCAUCGCCUUCAUCUUAUUGCCCCCAAUUUUGUGGAGGGAUGAGCUUGAGCCUUGUGGCACAAUUUGUGAGGGACUUUUUAUUUCUGUGUCAUUCAAACUCCUUAUUCUGCUCAUUGGGACAUGGGCGCUUUUCUUCCGGAAGCAGAGAGCAGACAUGCCACGAGUGUUUGUGUUCCGUGCCGUUUUAUUGGUCCUCAUCUUUCUCUUCGUGGUUUCCUAUUGGCUAUUUUAUGGAGUCCGCAUUUUGGACUCUCGGGACCGAAACUACCAGGGCAUCGUGCAAUAUGCAGUCUCCCUCGUGGAUGCCCUCCUCUUCAUACACUACCUGGCCAUCGUCCUGCUGGAACUCAGACAACUUCAGCCCAUGUUCACGCUGCAGGUUGUACGCUCCACUGAUGGGGAGUCCCAUUUCUACAGCUUGGGACACCUGAGUAUCCAAAGAGCAGCUUUGGUGGUUCUGGAAAAUUACUACAAAGAUUUCACCAUCUAUAACCCAAACCUCCUAACGGCUUCCAAAUUCCGAGCAGCCAAGCACAUGGCCGGGCUGAAAGUGUACAAUGUAGAUGGCCCCAGUAACAACGCCACCGGUCAGUCCCGGGCCAUGAUCGCUGCAGCCGCCAGGCGCAGGGACUCGAGCCACAAUGAGUUGUAUUAUGAAGAAGCUGAGCACGAGCGUCGGGUGAGGAAGCGGAGAGCAAGGCUGGUGGUGGCAGUGGAAGAGGCAUUCAUCCACAUCCAGCGUCUCCAGGCUGAGGAGCAGCAGAAAGCCCCAGGGGAAGUGAUGGAUCCCAGGGAGGCGGCACAGGCCAUCUUCCCCUCAAUGGCCAGGGCACUACAGAAGUACCUGCGAACCACUCGGCAGCAGCACUACCACAGCAUGGAGAGCAUCCUCCAACAUCUGGCCUUCUGCAUCACCAACAGCAUGACCCCCAAGGCCUUCCUAGAACGAUACCUCAGCGCCGGCCCCACCUUGCAGUAUGACAAGGAUCGCUGGCUCUCUAUGCAGUGGAGACUUAUUAGUGACGAGGCCGUGACUAAUGGGCUGCGGGAUGGAAUUGUUUUCGUCCUUAAAUGCUUGGACUUCAGCCUCAUCAUCAAUGUGAAGAAAAUCCCAUUCAUCAUGCUCUCUGAAGAGUUUAUAGAUCCCAAGUCUCACAAGUUUGUCCUUCGCUUACAGUCUGAGACAUCAGUUUAAAAAUUCUAUAUUUGAGGCUUUAUAAAAAAGAAAAAGAAGAAGAAUAUAUAUAGAGAUAUAUAUGUCCAGAGAGGUGUCUUUUUAAAAUUUUUUAUUCUUCAUUGCCGACUGAAGCUGGCAGGUGAUAGACCAGUACCCUUUGACCAUCUGCACUUUAUUUGGAAGGAAGCAGGGGAAAUCCACCUUGACAAAAAGUGACCGGUGGCAUGUGACUGUCUCGGAUGGGACUUCGGGAGAAGCCAGUGCUAUAAACCAAAGUGGAGCUGCUGAGUCUUUGGGAGCCUCGCCUUACAACUCGUCCCUGACUCCCAGCCAGUCCCGGAGCCCCCCAUCGCUUCUGGUUGACCACCUUGAAGAUCCGAGGGGACCAUCUCUCUGCUGCACCUCUAUAUGUGAAUCGCUGUCUGCAUCACCAGUGGAGCUGGAGCUGUUUAGGAGAUGCCUGCCUUCUUCGUUGUUCUUUGUUGCCUUAGUUUUCUCAGAGAAGAGUCCAACAAAAAAUGUACACUAUCAGGUUACAGCUCUUAAGUGAUUCACUUUUAUUUUUUCCCAAAGAAAAACCUCCCUGCUAUGUUUCUGAUCCCAUUCUGCUCUUAGCCUUGGGUUUUCUCACCCUGGCUCCACUCUGUCUCACUCACCCUAGCAGACAUGCCACAGGCCCUUUGCACAGUCUAAGCACUAUUCAUCCCAGAUUGUUCCAUGGGAAAGUAUGGCAUGGCCUACCAGGUAGAAGAGAGGAGAGUCAGCCACUGGAAUGCCUCUCUUAAGCUAUAGCCAAAGCUGACCCUGCCCAGUCCUCUUCCCCUGCUCCACACCAACUAGGGGAGACUAACACUGUGACACUGAGGUUGGCAAGUCCCUGUUGGGGCCAUCUGAUGUCCCAGGGAGGUGAAUUUUUUACCAUGCUGCCCUGCUGAGGAAGACCAAACCGUGCCGACCAACUGGCAGCUGCUGCUAUCCAGCCCUGUGUCAUCUGACCACAUCACUGUGCACCUUAUCACCUCAGCCACUUAUUAUCAGGAAAGGGCCUUGCGUGGCUUGUGCCAUGCUUUUAGUCCUUGUCAAGUGGAGGGGAGUGGACGCUGGGGAGUUGGGGGAAGGGGAGAGUAGGAAGCCAGUAUUCUCAGCUGGAGUUGUUCUUCUGCCGUGUGUUUCCUUUUGGAGCUGGUCUCAGAGGCUCUCCCAGCUGUUCUGCUGUGGAGAACAGCCCUCUGGGGAGCCUGGCUGCAGAGACACCCCUCAGGAGCCACAUCCUGCAUGCAGCAGUGGGUAACCUUUGCCUCUGUUUGCCUUCCUGUAUCUUCAAUAUACCUUUAAAAAGUGCUCACCCUCCUCUUUCUCUAUCUCUUUAUGACAGCCACCUUGCUUCAGGAUAAUGCUAUGAAAUGCUCCUUGUAGGUGUGCACCGAACCUUAUUGUCUUAUGAAUUCCACAAGUGGUAUAGUAUCUUGUGUGUCAUUUUAAAAAUCGCGAUCGGCUUUGAAUGUUUUAGUACACCUGUACCUGAAAAAGUAAACAUUGUCCUGGAAUCAACAGCCUUCAGCUGAAAGAGAUGCGCUGGAGAAGGAGGAAGGGGAAACCCAAGGUGUGGCAUGGAGCCAGGGUGUACUAUCUUAUGACAUGGUUCUGUUUGUGAAAACACAUACCAUGUAACCAUGGUGCUUUUGUUCUUAGUUUCUGCCUCUAGCUCCUCUCAGGCUGGAAGUUCCUCAUGCUGUGUUUCUCAGGAAAUAUUUGGGGGGAUAGGGUAAGGGAUGGUGAAUGUGAGUGAGACUUUGACUGUGUAAGUGGCUGAUGGCCCAGACCAGCUGCUGUGCUCGAAUGCGGUGCAGUUGGAAAUGCCAAAUGUAAGACAGAAUUAAUAAUGACGCUAUUCAUCAGCAUUGAAAAGCCCUGUGCUUCCAACCCUGUCUUAAAUUGCCAGUCCAGAAAGGAUUAAGUUAGAGUCAUUCAUUAUUGCUUGUACAUUCCCAGCAGAUUGAAGACAGGUUUAAAGGAACUUAUUUUCUCUCUUCUCUGACUUUUUACAUAGGAAACUGUCAGGCUUUCUGAAAUUACUGUUUCUUUUUAAAUUGAAUAUCGAUUUUUUUUUACAUUAACUUUGUAUUGAGUUUUUUUUUUUUUUUUAAGUAACAAAAUCAAAUGCAAAAUCCUUCUAAAGCCUUUGCACUUUCAACCUCUAAAUAGUUUGAGUUACUAAUGCAGUGGGAACUAGGUGAAUGAUAGUUUUAAAAAGUAAGGUUCUGGAAAGCUGAAUCACACAAUUGAACACAGUAAAUUUAGAUUUCAGUUCUUGGAACCAGUAGGCUAUUCUUUCUGAACAGGGUAAACUGUACCCUAAGGCAAGUAGAAUAUGUGUUCCUAUUAGAGGAGACAGGAUUUCAUUUACCUUAAAUGUUUAUAGAUUUUUCUAUAGCUUUCAACUUAAGUUAUUAAAAUUCUGACAUGAACUGUGAAAGAACUUAAUGAGGAGUGUAGGUCUGAGAUUGCUGUCCUCCCUGGUGGUGUUUUAACCAAUAGAUAAUGUUUGUUCAUAAGUGUGUUUGUAAAAAUGUGGCAAUUUUUAAUAGACUAUGAGCUGAAUGUUUAAAAAGUACAUUCUGGAGUAGGAAGGGAUUUUAAGGUUAUGUAGUUCCUCCAUCUUUUGCAUUAUCCAUUAAGUCAAAAUUCAUAAGCCUGUGUUAAGGUUCAGAAAGUAAGCCCUUGCAAAUAUCUGACCACCAGUUUUUGUCCAAUUAUUAUUACUUCUAUUUCUUCCUCUGUCUUUCCCCUUUGAAAUCUACAAAAAGGACAAAUUCUUUUCAACAAAAAAUGAAAGGUAGAUGGCUCUGGUGUGUUUGCCACAUUGCAGAUCUCCGUUGAAAGGGGCUUCCUUUUAAUGGGGAGGCUGGCUGUGAUGGUGUGUUGGAGAGGGAAGGGUUGCUAACCUGCCUCCUCCGUGCAGUCUGUGGUGGCGUUCAGUUCUCUUGGUUAGUGUCUCCUGUGUCAAGCGCUUGUACUUAUAAAAUGGCUGUGACCGCAAGAUGCCACCAGCAUAUUGGACUAACAGAAAUGGAUUACCUGUCCCUCCUCAUUACCAGCCCCUGAUUUGAGUGAGUGUUCUGCCACCCAGUGAAACCAACGAAAUCAACUCCUUGAUUCACCCUCUUCAGCCUGGUGCCUGCUGGGAAAGGCUGCCUGCAUGAGGAUGCAAAUUUGAAGGCGGAUGUUUGUAUCCAUCUACGUCUGCGUUUUUCUGAAUUUGUAUUACCAGAUAGAUGGCAGUUUUGCAUUUUGUCCAUCUUCACAUCCAUGUUACCUGUGGCAAAAAGGUGAAUAUCUAUCUCAGCACAUACUUGUGAUUGUGUAUAAGUUGUGUGUGAAGAUAUAUGUGUUUCUACAUAUGUCUUGGUUUGAGAUUUCCUAAUAGCUCCUGUCUUUUGAAAAGCAAUUCUAAAGCCAAUUUCUUCUCCUUCCCUUAUUUUAGUCAUUUCUCUGAGUUACACUGUCUUCUUGUCCAGGAGUGAUGGGCUUUAGCUCACCAAUGUCUCUUGGAGGCUGGCUGUCUUGCAUCAAUGUCCAUUCUGUUCUGUCUUGCUUUAGGACCCUAUGACCCAGAACGGUAGGAAACGAAGGUCAAUCAAGCUCUACGAGAAUUACUGCUCAAACUUUACCACCCUGAAAGCCUUACUAUUUAGUAUAUCUUAAUAUAUCUUAGGUAAAAAGAAAAAGACAACCAAUGAUUGGUUGCUAGAAGCACAGAAAUAUUAACAUAUUUAUUUAACUAGCUCUGCAGCGGAGACAGACUUGAUUGUAAAGUGAUGUAUUUCUGGGUAGUUUGUACUUUAUGGAUCUUGUUACAUACAAAAAAAAUCACUACUGUGAAUUUAUUACUAUAUAACUUUGUCAUAUCCCAUUAUAAAUAAAACACAGAUUGUUAAGCCCAUAGUGCAGUUCUUGAAUGGUAUUCAGCAUAGCCAUGUAGAGAGAGGGUAGACAUUCCAUCAAGCCAACUUAGUAAGCUUUAAUCAAAUAGAUGCUCACAUUUGAUAAAGCAUUGUGUUUUGGUCAUGGAAGGAAAAUGUACUAACAUGUUUCUAAGGUAUUAUGUGUAAGAUACUGCUCUACACAGCCUUUGAAUCUCCAUCUCCAUUUUACAAGUGAGAAAAAGGGAGAUCUGACUCCUGGCUAGUAUACAAAAUUUUAGACAGAUAUUUCACUCCGGUCUGUCUGUCCAUUUCACCUUGAAGCAGGUUCUACAGUUUGGCAUUUCUGUAUGCAGAGGAGGGAUCUAGGGCUACCAUCUUGAGUCAGGACCCAAGCAGGGUGUUCCACGAGAGACAGAUCUACUCCCUGAGGUCCCUCAGGAAACUGCCCACCAUACCAGCAGGUUUCUGGGGCAGCUUGUGGGAAGAACCCAAGAAUACCCGUUCUCCCAGGAAAGUCCGGCCCUAGCAGUGCCAUAGCUGUGAGACCCAGUGGCGCCACCGUUCCUGCAGCAGUCCUGCGCUCCUGCUUCCCUGCUCUGCCGCUCCUGCUGGUGUAGACAGAGCGUGCAUCGGCCUUGGGCUGGGGGAGGCUUGCAGCAACCCGAGCUGAUCCCUUGCUGGUUUAGGGCCAGGUCCCCUCCCCUCCGCAGUGACAGGAAGAAGAUACCUGCAGGCUGCCUUGGGAGGUCUGCAGCUGGGGGGCCCUCUCUCCUGGCUCCUUGACAGCGUGUUCUCAGUGAGCAAUUUGCACCCACUGUUUGCCUGCUCUUGCCCUCAGGGCUUAGAACAUACAUAAGGAGGACUGUGGAAAAAAAAGGUCCCUUUUUCUACUUUCUGAGUUUUGAUUCAGCUGUACAUAAACCAUCUUUCUCUGCCUGAUGUUUUAAUAGAAGACAAAAGAAAGGGUGGCACUCACGUCCCUCAGCCUCGCUUCUCAUUGGAAGUUGAGCUUUCAAGGGUGCGUAGGAAAUGUAAAACUACUGAGUAGAUCUUAGGACUCUGAGUCCUUUUCACCAGGUUCUGUCAAGUAUCUAGUUAGGUAACUCAGUUUGUUUUGCCUGUGAAAUAAAUCUCUUUCGUGGACUGCUGGAGGAUCUCUCCAACACCACAAAGACUCCUAAAGCCCGAGGCAGGGAAAGGAGGUUGCUUUCAGUGUGGCACUGAGAAUUCAAUAUUGAUAUCUCUCAGAAAUAGCAGUGUUCUCUCUUUAUCUUAUGGAAAAAAAGACAUUUAUUUUAGCCUUGGGAACAGAUGCAACAAACUCCCAGGCUUUUAUCUUAAGAGUGGCUUUCGUACAUUUUUUGGCACUGAAACAAUAUUGGGAUGACAAUAUUUGAAUGUACAGUUGUCUGGUUUUAUGGGUCUGUAUUUAUCUAUGCUUUCCCUUGUGGGCAGAAGUGUUCAUUAUGAAAUUGCUUCUUACUUAGGAGUUUUAAACCAUACAAAGCCCUCAGCCUAGGAGAGCAUCAUCAUCUGAGAGCACCUAGACUUUCUCAGGGAUUAGUGAUGAGCAACUGAUAUGCAAGUGACAAGUUUAGUUCAACUCAUGUUACAGGCACACGUGCACCCUUGUGUGGUUGUAUGCCAGGAAGGAAAAUAUGGCCAAUGCCUUCUUGUGCCAGUGCCCCUCAGUUAUAGGAAUAAUGAAAUACUCACUAUUGGUUGUCAUUCUUUUUUUUUUCUUUUAAAAAAGUCUAAACCUUAAUAAUUUUGUUUCCAGUGCUAGAGAUCAAACCCAGGAGCUUACACAUGGUAAGCAAGUGCUCUACCACUGAACUAUAUUGAGCUUUUCUAUUUUAUUUUGAAAGAGAGUCUCACUUUGUUACCCAAGCUGAACUCAAACUUGUCCUCCUGCCUCAGCCUCCCAAGCAGUUGAGGAAUCAGUCGUGUGCUAUCGCCAGCCUAUUAUUUUUAUGGUACAUUCAUUCUGGGUUUUCAUUAAAUGGAAAAAACUCCUCUUGGAUUCCCUAAAUUAUGACAUGCAUAACCAGAUUUAAUUUGUAAGAUGUCAUUCACGAACUAUUUGAUAGAGUGCUGGACACCUGCAAAGAUGAGGUGGGGACACAUACUGUCUCACAGGGGCAGGGAAUUUAACCCAUUUCUUGGAGGUCUGCAUCUUCAACAAAGGUGUUAGUGAGAAAACCAGAGGCGCCUGGGUUAGAUGUUAUUUAAGAAGUUAUUUCAGAAUUGCUAUUGUUAGCAAGACUUCACAUUUUUGAAUUUUGAAUUCAGCAUUAAUCCAGCAAAUUCAGUGAUAAAACCAUCUGUCUCUGUCUGAUGCAGUCAACUGUGAUAAAAAAAAGAUGAAAGGGGAUUCUUUGUGUCCUUUCUGAUUACUAGUUGCUGCUGUCCUACUAUGAAGGACAGUUUUGAUAACUAACCUCUAAUCACCUGUUACCAAAUACGGAUGACAAAGCCUACGUGUGAGUUGCUGUAUUUACUGGCUGGUGGGCUCCACUGAGCCAUCGCGGAACAUGUGAGUGAUUUACACUACCAGCAACUAUCUGUACAAGUCCCUUUUCUUGCUUCCAUAAAGUUUAUACUAUGAAACCUCUUCUCAUUGUGAUGGGAUCUGUCAUGGACACAUCGUACCUGGUAUCCAAGUUAUUUUGUUCCCUUUUGCGUCCUCCAGUUAUAGCCCUUCUCCAUCCCAAUUAGCUAUAACACAUUUUAAAACAUUAUGUUUUUUAUACUGUAAACUUGGAAAAUAAAUCUAAAUCCUAAAUUGUA